CAGGCGCAGAAGUGGGACUGGCGAUGGCGGAGUGGUGUGUCUGCCGUCGUUGCUGAAUCUUAGUGACUCGCUGGCCAGCUCAUUUUCACAUCGUCCCUUCUUUAGAUACGACUUAUGCUGUAGAGGAUGGCUGUAAAUUGGAUUGGGAGCCUUGUUUCUAUUAACUGUGGUGAGACGCUUGGAGUGUAUCAGGGAAAAAUUUCUGCAGUGGAUCAAGCCAGUCAGACAAUUUCUCUAACACAGCCAUUCCGCAAUGGAGUGAAAUGUUCCGUUCCCGAGUUAACAUUUAGUGCAAUUGAUAUCAAGGACCUGAAAAUAUUAGACAUCCCACAUACACAGAUGAACACAGGCUUGAUUCAGCCAUCUGUGAUCACGACCACCAGCUUGUCACAUGGUACUUACUCCUCUCCGAAUGGUGCCGGCAAAGGUAUAAAGAAACUAAACACUUCAGGAAGUGCCCCACAAACAAUUCCACGUCGUACGGAACCCAAGGUUCAGGACUUCGUCACAUCACCCCAACAGUAUUCUAAGAGUUAUGUGGACCGUCAUAUUGAUUCAGCCCUUACUCCGUCUAAAGCGUUUCGUCGGAGGCAUAAUUCCUGGUCCUCAAGCAGCAAGAUUCCAAAUCAAGCCACGCCAAAGAAAAAUGGAAUAAAGAAUGGACCAAUGAAAAAUAAAGACGAUGAGUGUUUUGGGGAUGGAAUUGAAGUAUUCCUUGACACUGACUUUGAUUUUGAAGGCAACCUAGCGCUCUUUGACAAAGCAGCAGUCUUUGAAGAGAUAGACACUUUUGAAAGGAGGAAUGGAACACGGUCCCGAGGAACUCCAAAUGAGAAGCCGACAAGAUACCGCCAUGAUGAGAAUAUUCUGGAGUCUGAGCCUAUUGUCUACAGGCAAAUCACAGUGCCACAGCAUAGUGGCAAAGAAUAUUGCACUGAUUCAGGACUCGUUGUCCCCAGUAUUUCUUACGACUUGCACAAGAAGUUGCUGGCUACUGCUGAAAGGCAUGGUCUGUCACUAGAGCGCAGACUGGAAAUGACUGGAGUGUGUGCCAGCCAAAUGACUCUAACACUGCUUGGGGGACCUAACAGGUUAAACCCCAAGAAUGUUCACCAGCGUCCAACUGUCGCCUUGUUAUGUGGACCACACGUGAAGGGCGCUCAGGGGAUCAGCUGUGGUCGCCACCUUGCCAACCACCAGGUACAGAUUAUCCUGUUCUUGCCUAACUUUGUGAAGAUGCUGGAGUGCAUCACCACAGAACUGCAACUCUUUAGCAAGACAGAAGGGAAACAGGUGGCCAGUGUGAAAGACUUGCCAGAUACUCCUGUUGACUUGGUGAUCAAUUGUCUUGACUGUCACGAGAACCCGUUUCUUCGCGAGCAGCCAUGGUACAGAGCAGCUGUUGAAUGGGCCAACCAAAAUCGAGCUCCAGUGUUGAGUAUCGACCCGCCUGUGGGUGAAUUGGAGCAUGUCAUUGAUGCCAAGUGGUCUCUAGCUGUCGGCCUACCUUUGCCACUGGGGGAAAGUGCAGGGCGGGUGUAUCUCUGUGAUAUUGGGAUACCAAAGAAGGUUUUCCAGGAAGUGGGAAUCUCCUAUCACUCACCUUUUGGUUGCAAGUUUGUCAUACCUUUGCAUUGUGCGUAGUGGUGGCUUAAUGCCGGAGAGGAAAACCUUGCAGGCCAUAGAACAGCUCAGCAAACUGGAGAAGAAUAUAGAAGUGUUACAAGCCUUAAUGUACAGCUGACUUGGAUUUCAAUAAUAUAGUGGCAGGAGAUCGUUUAUGAAACUGAGCAAGCAUCACGUGUCCUGUUGCGAUUGGUGCCGUACCAGGAUCCGCUAAAGGAUGACAGCACCAAAGGUUACUACCGAUUUGCAUUUUUGCCUUGUCCCUGCGCAAAUUACUGUGCCUUUGCUGUGAAGGCUGUGCAUGGUAUUGUUGCAUUCAAGACAUUUUUAUAGGCAGGGUUGAAAUGGGCACCCUCCCAUGAAUGAGUUUGCUGUGUUUAAUAUUCUUACUGUUCAACCAGUUUCUUUUUUGAAGGGAUGGAAACUGCUGAGGGGAACUUUUGAAGUAGGAAGAUGUUCAUUAAGAAAUGCAGUAAUUAUCACACUUGUGGUUUCCUUCAAAUUCUAUGCACCGUUUAGCAAUGAUCACUGUUGGGGUUUUAUUGCCACGAGCAGAUGGCGCAGGACAAGCUUUCAAACCUUGUGGUUUUUAUGAAGCUAAAAUGUGUUUAUUUGUGGUGAAACAUGAUACUUGUAGAAUAUCAAAAUGCCUGUAGUUUUGAUCUUUAACAUGCACUAACAGCGCCCCCUCGUGCAGCCAAAGCUUAAAAUCAGCUCCUGUAGUGAGGCGUUUUGGGUGGAUAAAAAAGAGCCUUUAGUUAUUUCUGCCUUCCUGAACUUAAUGGCUGAUGGAUGCUUGGAGUUCUGACAGUUUCAGUAGUUCCCAUUGACACAGCUCACACCUCCACUUCACAUCAAAAAAGCAUAAAUACAAGAGUGUCAAUCAUUGCGUCAGCUCCAUUUUGCCAAUGAUCGGUUCAAAUUUCUAUUUAAUAUGGUACUGUUUUGAAUGGAAUGGACUGCCAUGUCUUGCAUUGAGCAAGGUGCAUGCCUUGUUAAUGUUGAUUCUUAGAUGGGUCCACUGCACUGAAUAUAUCUUAUAUUGUUAAGUGUCAAUUUCUUUAACCUACCAGUUGAAGGAAUAGGAUAAGUGGGAGUUCCUGAUUCAUUUGCCCAGCUCAUUAUUUAAAAUAAUUUAAUGUACAUGCACAACAAUUGGGGACCAUGAGAUCAGUAAACUUUUUUAAUUUUAAAGCCAAUAGUGAAUUUGGCACUUCCAGCACCUGGGUUUUUGUAUUCCUGGAAAAGGCACUGGGUAAAGCCCUACUGAGAAAUUCAACUGCUAGGAAGAAGUGAGAUUGUGGAAAAGGAGUGUCAAUAUUGAAUUGAACUUUUGGCUGUACCUCUGUGGAUAAGCUCGGAAUUGAACUCCAAAAGUUUUUACUUGGGUAUGCAGCGAGUUGGAGGCAGCUGAAUGAGAAUACCCUUUUCCUUGUGCUCCAGAUGUGUCUCAGUAUUUCUAAUUGCUUUUUAAUGCAUGACCGGAGUAGUAUAGAAAACAUAUUUUCUGGUAUCAUAGAUAAGCAUUUGAAGUAAGAUCACCAAAGUAGGGUGGGAGUUUUACUUGCGUUAUUUUCGCUAAUGUUUAAAAAAAAUGGUACAGAUAUUAACUGUCCCCGACCCUCAAGUUUAGUUGGUUAUAUCAUGUUCCAUUCUUUUCUAUGACAACAGGCAAAGUUGUUAUCAUUAUUUUAGACUUGGCUACCAUUUGGUUUUCCACUGUGACCAGAAUUGCUCAGUGAGAAAAUGUCUGAGGUUCCAAUUGAAUUUUGUAUCUGUUGUGUGUGUAAAUUCUUUGUUCUUCAGCUCCCAGUAUUUCAUUCCCCAUCUUGUUUUUUGCUUGGACAAUCUUAUUUGAUCACUGGAAAGCACGGGAGUUGGAGAAAGGACAGUAAUUGUAGAGAACACAGUUUGCUCAUUCCCAUCGAUUGGAGAUCAGAAAUGCAGUUUCUUGACUGGAGCAGGAUCACCUGUGGCCUAAAUUCUUUCGAGACAGAAAAUCAAUGCAGCUUUAUUACAGACCUUAUUCUGGUAAAGAGAAAAUUAGAAUGUUUCCUUGAAGAUGCUCCUUUAGUCUUCCCUCUGCAGUGUUGUUCAUUCUCAGAGUGUUGAUAACAAUGCCUUUAUGACUGUUCUCAGAGGCUGAUUUGAUUUGCAAGUAUUUAUCUUCAACUGCAAUUCAAAUUCCACUGAAGCCUCUGAAGCUGCUCCCUGUUGUGCGUGACAGAUCUUUGUGCUUUAAUAUUUGGCCAGAGUUUUGGUAGAAUAAAGACAAAAAUUACUUUUUGUGCAACUGGGAAGAGUGUGGUUGCCUACACAAUGUGACGGUACUUCAAGCCAGUUUAAUUCUUUAACGGAAUAUACAGCCUUGCAUGCUUCCCUCUGCUUUAAACAACAGUGGUCAGUAGAAUUUGUUCAGUAGCUUGAAUCAAGCCUUUGCAAAGAAUUAAGCUAAUUUUAUGGUUUUUUUGUUUCCCUGAUGUACUUCUGGUUUCAUUUUGGGAGGAGGGCUGUUUUUGCUCAAGUAGUAAAUAUAGAUGACCUGCUUUUGAAGUCAAAAGAUUCUGAUGCUGGGCAUCACUGGACAUGGGUCAACACAGGACCCUUGCUGUGAUUGCUUUGGUAAAACGAAUGAUUCAGUUGGCUUCAGUGAUAGUUAGCUCUCCAGUUCAAAUCUGAUGAAACAUCAGCAAUAUACCCAUUUCUCAGGGCCUCCAAUUCUUUGCGACUGAAGUGUUUAGGUUUAAUGAUUAACAUUUGCUUGCUGUUGUGACAUUGUUAUUUGAGCUUUGAGUUGAACAGUAGAGAUUUCUUUCAGGCCGCAGCAGUCUCACCUAUGCAGUCACUGCACAAUAUUAUGACUGCGGUGUUUAAAAGCACAAAACAUUUGUGCGUAAUUUUCAUUGACAAAAGAAUGUAGAUAAGCUUUACUUACAAAGGACGUUUCCAUAAAUGUAAGGAAGUGAAUUUAUCACUUGUAAAACUGGGCACAAACUGAGUGAGAACAUACAUGCCAGGUUUGCACAAUGCAUCGGCAUUUGAAUAUCUGAACCAAACUACCACAAUAGUGCUAGAGGUGUGCUUUCAAUACAGCAAAUAUAUAUGGUAUUUCUGGAAAGCAGUGUCUGCAUGUAAGUGUUUUGCCACUCAGACUUUGAGCAUUGGCUGUCUUUGCCAAGACGAUUUCUGUUUUUUAAGCCAAAUAACAUGUUUUGUUAAAACUGUUUAAUUUUCUCUAGUGAUUCCCACAGGCUACAAAAAUAGACUGUACGACAUGGCAGUGACUAUAACCAAACUUUGGGCGGUGAUGGAGUGUCACCCUCUGAAAAUGUAAGCCAGGUCUGUCACAUUAUUUCAAGAAGUCCUCCAACAACAUUGAGCCCUCAAUACCCUGAGCUGAUUGUUCAUGGCAGACAAGCAAAAUCCACACAUCCUGGUGCUUUUGUUCCAGGCAGAUAGAAAACAUGGGCCUUUCUCCAAUGUAUACCACCCUAUGGUUUUAACUAAUUCUCUGGUCUAAUGCCACAGCACUGCAUUUCCUUUCUUCCCUGUUCCAGAUGAACAUAAUGGGCCUGUAUACGGACAAAAUUGUGUUUUUCUUUCUCUUGGACACGUGUUUUAAUAAGUCCCUGCGGUGGAGAUCCUUGCAAAAAGAGAGGAAGAACACAACCCUGGAUUAUUUUUUGCUUAUUUAACAAAAUAAUAAAUCUGGCAAGCAGAAUAGAAUUUGGGAAUCCUCAACCUUUCAGGUCAUUUUGUGUUAUGACAGCACUGACUUGAGGAGCCAGGAAGUUUUGAAGCGGUAAUUUUAGAUCUAGAAAAUGAACAAAAUAGUUAGUUACUUUUAGUGAAAUGUAUUAGAUCAGCAGUACAGGGAGAUGACAAACAACUUGAAUUAUCAGGUAUUUAGUUCUUUGCCUCACUUUGUUUUUGCACUCAAAAUGCAUUAACUCCUUCCCACCAUCCUAUUCAGGAGGGAGUAUCCCCGAAAUGAUGCCCUUCAACGACCACUUAAAAGUGCCAAAUGGUGUUCUGAUGAAUAGCCCCUGCUAAUUGCGCUUUCGUUUUACUCUCCACGUUCUUUGUUGAUUCAGGUGGUUAGUGGAAAUCAGGGAAGAAAUGAGUUUAGCCUUCUCUUUUUGACUAAUUUCUAGUUACCCUUCAGUGCGAAUUACGGUGGGAUGUUGAGUGAAGUCAAGUUUGAAUUCUAAAUUGGCAGCUGUUUUCUCGCAGGCUCUUGAGGAAUGAAUGGCUACUUGAGGGACUGCAGAGCCAUCUGAAAUGGGUCACCAAGUUGCAAAAAUUAGUUUAACCAGAAGUAAUGGUGUCUGUAUCUUCAUAAUAAUCCUGGCCUCUUCUGAAACGUAAGAGCUUUACAAGUGGUUCCACACCUUAAUGGUGCAAUCGAUGUAAUUUGGUGGGAAAUGCUGCUAGCAGUUGUCUUCACAGUGGCCAAUAACAGGCUUUUAAGAAAGGAAAAAUAACUUUUUCCACUGUGAACAUAAUUAUCAAAAUUUAUGCUCAGAAUUUGGAAAAAGUAGAGAACGUAAUAGUCAGGUCACUGGAACCCAGCAUUUUCCUAGAAGACCUUGUCUGGUCACUACAGCUUACAAAACUUGAUUCUUACAGUAUUUCAGCAUUAAUGUUUAAUUUUCCUUUUUUAUGUUUACAAAUCUUAGACACACUGUGCAUCAUCAAAAAUGUGUUGGUAACAGGAAUCCAGCUCCUUCUCCGAUAAGCGCACAUCUGCUCAGUGGAAGUGCUCCCAUUAAUCAAGCUUUGAGGAGUAUAUUGUGUUACAGCAGUGUUAAAUAUUGUACUGUGCAGGUACAAGUAAUCAUCAGUGCUGCUUUUCUCCCUCUCCCUGCUUCUUUAGUAUUGCAGUUGCAAUCGCUGAUAGCUCUUGGAAAAACAACUGUUAAUGUUUGUUCAAAGUUGCUUUUUUAACUGUACACUUAAAUAGACUGGUAUACUGUGAGGUGGUGAACUUUUGAUUUGAAGUAGAAUAUUUUUCAGUAACAAUUCAAAAGCAGGCUUAUGUUAGUGGUAGCUGAUUUAUUGUAUUGAAGCCAACAUACUUCGAUUCACACGGCAUCUCCUGUUUUGUACUUCCUGCACAGUAUCCAGUUUACCUGAACACUGGACUUUGAGCACUAGAACUAAUGCACAUCAACCUUGUACUGUACCAGUUUAUUGUAUUUGUAGGGUUCUAAGUGAUUGUGACCAAAAUGUUUUUGUGGAUGUGUUUUUGUUUUGGUGUUGACUGACAUUUACAAAAGCUAAAUCUGUUGUCUCAUGAUUUUCGAUUCAUAUACUGUCCUGUGUUCAGGAAGGUACAUGAUUUCUCGUUGCUGAAAGUAAAGAUUUAAAUAAAGACAAAUUUCUGUUGAUUGGUGUCUCUGUUUUUGAAUGUGAUAAUGCAAGGGAUGUCAUUCCACGCAUAGAAAAUUUAGAUAUUGCAAAUGAAAUGAUGCUGGGUUGCCAGUUACUUUUGCUGAGAAUAUACUGUGUAUUUGUGAAAUUUGUAAAAGUAUACUUUAUAUAAAAUCUGCACUGCAAAGUGCAGUUCAAAUUUGUUUCUUUUAGUGAAGUACACGAGGUGACUUACUAAAUGUUACAUUUGUAUUUAAUGUACACUUGCUUUUCAUGUCAAUUGUUAUCAGAUGCAUAGGGACUAACAGAUUUCCUCGUAUUAUUUCAGAUGUUCUGUUUUGAGUGUUCGUGGUGGCUGCUUUAAGCUUCUACACAUUGCUCUGUAAUACAUGAUUGUCCAAAAAAGGUCUUUCACUGAGUUGAUAUUGAUUUCUGUGUGCUUCCCUGGAUCCGUAGGAUACAGUCCCAGAUUACAGAACUCAGAUUUAAAUGCGUCACAAAUAGAAUUUGUUUUCUUUUUACUGUGUGAGAUCAGUUUGUUUUGUAUGUUUGAAAUGUAUGUUAUUUUUACCCAUGGAAUGUGGAUCCCAAUUCAGUUAUCUCAGCAGCAAGCUUUCCUAGGUUCAAACCAAGGUUAUUUAUUUU